AUGGAGACGACACCAGAAUGCGACAUCGCCACAGAACAGUUCUCAGAAAAAGUACCAUCGCUUCUUGUUUCGGUGCGUUCAAAGUCAACCGCCUGUUGCCCCCUUUUUACUUAAGGCACCGUGCUACCCAGGCCGUGAGAAGCAGACAGUCUUUUGGCUGCUGGGUCACACUUUGUCUCAGACCCCUCCGACAGCAGUAAAGCACCCUCACAUCCCUCCAUUGUUUUACUGCUGCCAGGCCAGACACCAGGCAAGCUGGAGCUACGCUGCGCACUGACUGGGCGAACGGUGCGUCAACAAAAAAAAGCUUUUACGCACGUUUACAAGCAACGCUUAGAUGCAGCUGACAUGUAUAAAAGUCACAUAAAUUCACUGUUAAUAUGAGUUGUAACACCUUUGACAAACUACGAGGAUUCAGCGUGCACAGGAGAUCUCAGAGCUGGCACCCUUUCACCCCCACGUCGCGCCAAUAUUCAAAUGGCGCUGCGCUGAUCUGAAUAGCAGCUCAUUGAGACACGGUGGUGUAUAAUAAAUGACAGAGGGGCACUUCGGCUGCAAACUUACCAGUUAUCCCAGUAAUGCAGAGUAUUUUGGGGAGUCAGACAUUUGCAUUUUUAAAAAGAAGCAAAGAAGGUCUUAGAUAAGUAGAUCUUAAACUAAAAAUCAGGCUGUAAAUGAAGAGGAGUAUAUUUUUGUUUAUUCCAGGAUUACAUGACAUCAACCGGUGGUUUGGCAUGUUCUGCAUCACUUUACAGACUCCUUGUGUCAGAUGAGCUGGAGAGAAUUUGCAUAUUGACAACACAAUACAGAUCAUUUUGCUACCGUGGGAAACUGGAAAAUUGGUGCAAAAUUGGUUAAAAAAUUCUGUGUAUAGAAUCAAACAACCUCUGGGUGCAGACCUCUGUAGAUUUAGGCCUACUUAGCUGAGUUAAAAGCUUAGCUCUUAAGUAUUUGGAGAUGUUUUCUGCAUCCAUAUUUGAAAGUGAGGUUCGAUGAUAACCAGAGAAAUAGUUCAGAGGUGGGGAGAAUCAUUCAUGUUUUAUUCUGUUGUUGCUGCACUUCGCUUCUUCUGUCCCCCCUUGACAAAGCUGCCGCUGGAUUUAUCUCCUCAGCUCAUGUCGUGUCUGAGCAGUCCCUUAUACAGUCUUAUUAAUGAGGCCAUGUUACCAUUUAUCAUCAGGCCUUUUAAUGUUAUACAAAACAUAUCAACGAAAAUGUUUAUGCAGAGACCAAACCACCCUCUCAAGGUUGACAGAAGGAUAGCCUCCAAGACUUCAGCCACCUGUGAGAGUGACAAGAUUAGACUACUGAAAGUCUGAAAAUCAAUCCUUUUCAAAGACUAGUCCAUGCUUUUUUCAGUCAGCUGAUCGAAAGCAGUGAAUACUGAUAACAUGUAAUAUAAAUAUCAUCCAAAAGGCAGCAGUUUUAAUCUUGGACAGAAGUUUGCAGCCUCUAAAGACAUUUGGAAAUAGGCCACAGAGCAGAGUGUAGUAAUAGGCAGAGGGAAACUCACUUUCAGAUACUUGUAGCUACGGUAUAAAAUGUGAAGUUAAAGUUAAAUAAAAUGUAUUUAAAUGCUUUCUAUAUUUUUGAAAGCAUUUAAAUGUUGUUUUACUAUCCUGUAAACUUGCUGCAAUUUAAAAAAUGAAAAUGAUUUUAGUGAAUGAAUAUAUAUAUACUCUGUUGUAUAAUCAUUGUCUCAGGACGAUUUGUCGUCGAGUCAAACCAAAUGUAGAACAACUUUCUCAGUAUUAUUGUUGUUAUAAGUGUAGAGAAAUAAGAAUCAAGAUAUAUGGACAUUAAAAUCACACAGACGAAGCAGAUGAACAAGACAGAAAGUUCCGUUUGGUGAUGGGCUGAGAUUUUUUAUUCUGGUAGUGGACAAAAUGAGUUUCCACGCAAAGUUUGAGUCAGGGAGACUUUGGGGAAUCGUUUCUGCCUUUUCUUCUUCAUCGAGAUUCAUCGAGUGACUUUGAUUUAGAGACAUUUGAUUUGACUGCAGACUGAAUGCAAGCUCUUUAAAUAAAGUUUGACAAAUCUAGUUGAUACUGGUUUGCGAUAAAUUGCUUUAAAUGUCUACGCCCACAAUUGGAGGAACUACACACGGAAAAGAAAGUCAUGAAACUGUUCAGCUUUUAUUUCUUUUUGCUGCUUUUAUUAAGUUUAUACAUCGACUUUUAAAACUGCAGCUUCGCGAAAAAACACACUUUCUAUAAUCUCAUUUUUUAAAAGCUUUAUUUUUGGUUUAUCUAUUUAAAACUUUGGUAUUUUGGUUUUAUUUUUGAACUUCUGUGAAUUUUUGCUCUAAACAGGCCAAAACUUGAACAGGUUGCACAGUAGUGACUCUGUAGGAGCUUUGGUGUCCCAACUGGAUUUUUAUAGGAGCCACAGCCCAGAUGUCAAAAAUAAAAAAAGAAACUUUGACUGUUUUGAUUUACAACAACUUAUUAAUUAUGAGACUUGGUAAAAAAAAAUAAAGUCUAGAGUUUCCAAUGUGCUGAAAUCCUCCUUUAAAUUCAAAGUCUCCGUUUAUUGCUCAUAUUUUCAACAGUCUAUGCUGUAAUUGCUUUAACUUUAUCGUCUUGUAGAUCAUUUAUUGGUCAGUAUACGCUAAUUAUUAAUGGUCCCAGACCCCCUUCAUAAGGACAUAUCCUCUACACAUUUUAGCACAACUUUAGACGACUUUUAAUAACAUUCAUUAUAGCUUCUGAGAAUAGUUGUCUUAUCGUUUUUGCCUGUUAAAGAAACACAUUUGGUGUAUUUCUUUUUUAAAUGUCUUUAAAUGUGUGUUUUUCUUCAUGUUUUUAAGUUUAGUAGCUGAUUUUGUGACCUCACUACAAUUAUAGUAUGUCCACAAAUGAUUAAAACAUAUCAAUGACUGUCAAUAAAUGUAUAGAAGCCAUUGAAACUUCGCUUUAACAGCCGAGCCUUUUGUUUGUCUCAACAGGGAGAGUUAUUUCUUUUUAAAGAAAUGCUGAAGCAGCACAAAAACAACAGAUCCCAGGUGAGAAUUAAGAUUUGUGUUCAGGGUUUUGCACACAGGGCGAAAGUCAUCUGAGACGCAAAGCUUUAUGUCUCUGCUACACACCAAAAAACUAUCUCUGUAAAUAGACUUAUUUGUAAGUUCAUUUUACAUGUAUAUAGACUAAUAAUAGGUGAUCAGGCCUCUAAUCUGCUUCUCUAGCCACCGUUUGAUGUAGGUGAUAUGAUAAUUUUAGAGGUAUAAGCUCCUUCAGUCCUUCUGCUGUUCGUCUUUGGUGUGUUCGUGGAUCUGCAGCAAAAACUCUCCUGCUUUCGAGGAUUUCAUAGAGAGAUCACCAUUAAGUCAUUUGGCAUGGAGAUCGUAUCAGGGGCAUUAUGUAGUGCUGUUCUUGGAGGGCGAUGAGGGACUGCAGACGAGACACCAAGCAAGAUGAGUGAUUCUCUGUUCUGCUGCUGCCACCAUGUGGACGUUUCUAUGUGUUACAUCAUCCCCACUGAGUUUGGACUCGUGUCUGCUGCCCCAUUUGGCCAUUGAUGGUACUGUGAAAGCCCCAACCUGCUUAUACUAUUAUAAGCACAAAAAUCUUACAUUCUCAUCAGUAUUUUAUAAAUGAUUGAAGGAAACCUGUUGGCUGCAUUUACCGAGCUUCUUAGUCAUAACUUGUUUUAAUAGUUGAGGGUGUUUUGUCUGAAAACUUUCAUUAUCAGUCCUAUUCUUGAUUUCCAGUGCAAAACAUUAUUCUUAAAUUUUUGAAUUGAUUUUGAUAAUUUAUGAUUAACUUCGGUUAUGAGCACAAUCAAUCAUAUUACUUGGUUUAUUAUGUUAUCAAAAGAACCACACCUGUGCAAAAUGGAAUGAAAACUCCCAAAAAGUUUGGGUGACUGAAAUUGUGAGAAAAGUAGGGUCAACAUCCACCAAGCACCUGAUUUAAUUGUGACUUGUGUUGAUAUAACUGUAGUUAGUUUACAAAAAUAUGCUGAACAAAUGGUCCCAAGUUUAUUUUAUAAAAAAUUUCAGUGUGAACUAUGAAGAAGAAGAAAGUUAACUAAGACCUGAGGGCUCCUCUAGCUAUUGUAAAUUAUUACUUAGGCAUAGGUUUUAGCUACCAAUUAAUUAGGUAAGGACAAGCAACAAAGGUGAAUAACUUUCAUGAUCUUUUGCAGUCUCAGGCUGGAUAAGUAGAAGAUUCAACCUUAACGUUAAUGAGCGCCUUAAAGUAAAAGUCAGUGAGCUUUCAAAAAUGGCAAGUUUGUGUUAAAGCUUCUGAGGAGUUUCUUUUUUGUGUAAAUUAAAUAGACUGAAAUUCACAUUGAGCACUUUUGGUGAUAUCCAAAAGUAAACAAGAGCAUCAGUGGCAUGAUCGAUGAUUUUUAUCCUGUAAUUUUUAAUGCCUGAAACCAAAGCGAGGGGGUAGGUGUCAGCUGAGCAUCUAAAGAAAAAGCCCAGUUUUUACCAUUUCUACCUAAAAAAUCACAAUAAAGAAUUUAUUUAACUGUCUGUCAGCAAACAGUCUGAUGGUUUUUUUUGGACUACUUUAGCAUGUAGAGGACAAGUUUAGCAAAGACUGCUCUGUCCACUUGAUACAAACCAGAAGUUUCAUUCAGGAGCUUUAAAUCCAGGAGUAUAACUCCUCUAAAAGGCAAUACUUUGACUUAUACAGGCUGUGUAGUUUGAUUGUUUAAAAAAAUCUGUAAAAAAAUUUGAUUUAUAUUCUCUUUUCUAAAGUUAGCCUCUGAAAACGUGAAACACAGUGAUGUUAAUAAGUUCUUAACAUGGACCUUUAUGUCAGAGAAACUUAUUAUCAGGCUUUUAACCGGCCACAUAUUUGAUGUUCUUAUGUUUACAAAGCUCUGCUUCCCUCAGAUCAGAAGUCACAGUGAAUUAAUGAGCAACAACACGCAGCAAAUCAAUUUUUUAGCAGAGCGUAUGAGGGCAGACUUCUUCGAAAAAUCUCUUUGGUGGCAGCACUUUGUGCUUCACACAUUGACAGAGAAGUCUUUCACAGUGGUUCUUGUGACUAACCACCAGUUUCUUUUUAUCUUAGCGGUACUUUUUUUUUCUUUCUCUCUCUCUCUCUUACAUCGUCACAAGCAUCAGCUUUUCAGCACCAAAGAUGGUUAGGUCUUUACACUGCACAUAUGACUCCCACCCACUGAUAGCACUUCACGCAACAAGCAAACUUACUCCCUCUUCUAAACUCAGUUUAACAAUUACUUUUUAUUAUAUCAGUGUUAACUUACAGUUUCUUUGCUCAAAAUUGAUGUACACAGCCAGAGUUGUAGUUGAAGGGUCUGCAUCAUUUCCUCAUUCCUUUCAUACCUAACUUAUUUUCUUGGUUGCGAGACUACAUGUGAUGAGACUACUGUUUAAUGUUUGCAGUACAUGAAAUCAAAACCCAUUUUUUGCUCCCAAAAUUGAAUUAAAUAAAAAAAGUCAUCCACUAAACGGUGGUGACAAGCAGCUCUGGUCUUCACAGCUAAAUGGGAUCAUAAAGAACAACAUGAUGGCAGAAUGGAGCGUAUGUGGGAGGCAGUGUGGAGUGUGUGUGGGCAACACAGCAGGGGGGAGAGACCUGCAUGGAGAGCACUCUGCCUUGUUUUUGUCAUUAUCACUCUGACGAUAAAGCACAUUUCCAGGUGCACAGAUGGGAUCAGAUGACCUCUGAGGUGUGUUGUGCUGCCCCCUAUAUAAGUCGCACAAAUGAGCAGGAUUCCUUCAUAACUGAGCCCAAAGAUGACAGUCUCUGUGUUGUAAGAUGUUUGCUGUAAACUGGCGUCAAUUUGGGGUUCACAAAAAUAUGAUCUACUAUAAGACGGCUAACAUUUGUUGACCGUUAGAGAUUUAACUCUUCUGCUGCAGCUCUUUAUUACACACUUAGAUUUCUCUUAUAUUAGAUUUAUCCUGGAAAUUUUGUAAAUCAGUUUUCUUACUGAGUAUGCUGCUGACUAAUACAUGGAAAAAUGUCUGAUAUUGGCUUAAAUCCAAUAAAGCCCUUUGAGUAACUCUGAGAACCAAAACCAAACAUUCCCAUCUGGUUCACAUGUCCAGUAACAGUAUCAUGCAAAUUAGAAAAUGUGCUAAAACACAGAAGAUAUGUUGCAUUUUGAAAUUCAAAAUAAUUUAUGAAAAUAACAGUCUACUGACUUUGUAAAUCUUAUUAUGUUAAGAAUUAAUACAUUCUUACACACUCAUAUACGUUUGCUUUUGGUGUUAUGAUGCACGUUGCAUUUUACUUCAUGUAUUUUCCAUCCGUAAGAAAUAACAUAAUAAAUAGAAUCAGUGCAUUCAACAUGGAGCCAACUUACUCCUGGGAGAACAAAAAAUCAAACCAGUCCAAAUGUGUGAGUGAUUAUAAUCCAAAAUCAGACAUUGCCAUGGGGGCUUUCUACCUCCCUCCAUCCUCAGACCCUCAAUUUGGACGAGUUACAACCCCACAAAAUUAGGCCUUACAGAUUGAAGCUUGUUCAGAGAGGUAUCCACAGCAAAAUCUGACUGACCACCCCAAAAGUCUAAACUAUUGGCUAGUUCUGCAUCAGUAAUACAGACUUCUUGUAGUUUGCAGUCGGCAUCAAAGUAAAUAUGAUAAAAAGAAAAUCCACGAGUUGGUGAAGACAAAGAUUCCCUUAAGAGUAUUUGCUGCUGAACCUUAUUACAAACAGCAACAGUGUUUGGUUCAAAGCUUAGAGUGUAGAAAAAUACUUCAUACACCCACAGUGUGUGAGACAGGAAUCAGUCCAUCAAAAAGUUCGGAUAGUGCACAUGAGUUUACUUGCAACUUUAAGGUACUUUAUCGUAGCUUUACCGUCAAAAUUCAAAACUAGAUCAUUUUUUUGUGUUGCUACUCUGUUGAGUCACUUUUUAAAGUAAGAAAACCUCACCCCAGAAUAUGACAGUAGUAGUUAAAGUAGAUAUGGUAUUACUGUGUUUGUUUGUGUGCACAUACUUCAUCCCACCCUCAGUGCUCCAGUUGUGCCACUCAAGUCAAAAAAUCUUCCAGGGGGAAAACAUGGAAAGCAACUGAAGGAGGAUGAACAGAUGUGCAGUAAAUGUUUUCAGUAUAUGAAACAGUCCCUCUGUAUGUUGUAGAUAUAAUCGUGGGUACAAAAACAGCAUUAUGUGAAAAGAUUGACCCUCAGGGUGAGACAUCAAUAAACAAAGUUUUUAUGAUAAGCUGUCAUUUCCUCCCAACCAUUUCUCUUUUCUUAAAUGAAUGAAAAUAUGGACCUUAAUGCUUUUAGAUGUCCUUCUGAGGCUGUGGAUGAUUCAGCAAAUUGACUUGAACGUGUUCAUUGUGAGGAAAGCAAAGAUCUGUCAGUAUUACUAGCUUUGAUUCAGAUUUCAUGGUAUUCUUACACCUUUUACUUGAAGUGAUGCCAUCAGUUGAUGAUUUUCAUGUUCAACACAGUGGCCAUUCUUCAUGCAUCUAAGCUUCAAGUGUUCAAAUUGAACACUCUAGUUACAGUUAUAGCAUUUCAACUAAAGCUGUAGUUUCAUGGCUUCAGAUUAAUUUGACACAUGACUCUGAGUGCAUCACUGUUGUGUAUUGAUUGCAAUGUGGGAUUUGGUUUCCAUCUGAAGGACUCUUGAACAAAACAGACUCCGGUACCAACUAAUUACCCAGCUCUACCAACUGGUCUGAAGCCACAACACUGAACAGUUCAGGGAUUUUAUCUGUAACCCUGUCUUCAGCUGGUGUGAACAUUUAACAGAUGCCCACUCUGUUCUCCUCUCAGGUGCCCGAGGCCAAUUCUUUCUGGAGUUUCUUCAGCUGAACUUUCCCUUCCUUUGCUGCUUCAUCUCUCUGCUCUCUGUAACCUGCUUUUCAUUUCUUAUGUCUGCCUCUGGACACCGUUAUGCUACACACUUUGAGUUUAUAACUUCCCGCUGGACUUCAUUCAAAUGACUUCUGUGAACUUCAGAAAACUUUUAGGUCAUCUCCGGAUCCUUGCACUCUGCUUUUCUUGGGGGUGUUCAGGUCUCUUUAGCAUGGUUUCUUUCCUCUGUGCACCAGAGUUGACCUGGUUCUUCUUCUCCUCCGCUGCUUUUUCCGGUCAUCUCUGAUGCCCAUGCCUGAGUUUAGUGUUGUGAGGUCUGUCUGUGACUCAUCUUUAUGCCUAUUUGUAGCUGGUGGGUUUGAAUGCAAAAAAUCAAGCCGGUCUUUGAUACUGUUUCUAAUCCAAGAUGUCCCUGAUGAGGCAUUUUUCCAAAGUGUUUUGUGUUUUAUCUCUGUCAGCCUCUCUAUUCCCAGUAGUCCACAGCACUGGGUCUGAUACAGCAUUUGUUUUUUAACUAGGACACAAGUCUGCCUGGAAACCAAAGGGAGAGAAGAAUAAUGCAGCCAGCAUGUUAAACACAGUGAUUAUAGUGGCUGUGUUUUACCCACCUGGAUGAGUUACUUACCUCACCUCAGAUUUCUCCCAUUGCUUAUCUGGUAACCUUUGAUCCUAAAUCGAAUGAUAGUUUCAUUUUUCUAAAGUACAUUUUUCUGUUUUCUUGUAGAGUAAGACCAAAAGACUCACUAUGAGAUAAAUUUGACCAUUUUAGCUCAUAACUUUCCACAGAAAAAUACUGGUAUAUUUAGUCCUAUAAAGCAGAAAAAACAAAAUCAGACAUGUACAUACCUCAGUGGUUGCUGGAUCCAAAAUAAUCCCACACAUCAAAAACACAAAAACUCUGGUGAAAACUUGUACAUCCAAUCCAAAGAGUUGGAGAACCGCUCUCCAAAUUGUCACAAUCCAACUUACCAGACAAACAAAGAGCUGUACUGUAUGUGUUAUUCAUACCUCAUCAAUAUCUAGGGACAUGGGGACAAAUAUAAAAAACAUAUAAUUGAAACUGAUCCAAUCAAAAACAGUUGAAUCCUUCCUUGUGUGGUGUUUAACUGCCCCCCCAAAUCUAUACUUUUUGUACCAGGCUUCUUCUUGCAGCUAUCCCAGUGGUCACGCUCAACAAUGCCACGUUACGCAUGAGACAAACUUUUUAAUGAGAGAUGUGGAGCAGAUAUGACAUAAUCUUCUGUCCAGGUAAGUGUCAUAAACCUCCUGUUGUAACUCCAAAACAAACAAACUAAACAAACACAAUAAACAUGCAAUGGUAGCUUUUACUUGACACAAAUUUACCAUGUUACAUAUUCUGGAAUAAAUGAAUCAAUUGUGUAUUGUUUGUUGUAAGGUACCGAUGAAUUUGGAUGACUAAUGUUAUGCUAGGUGAAAAACAUUGCUCACAUGGUACCGAGUAUUAUUUAGUGGCAGAUGUGGUAGAAAUGGGAUAUAAUAUAUUCUUUGAUAAGUGUGUAAUCACUUGAAUGUAGAAAUCUUUUGGUUAUUUAAUGGGUGGCAGAUGGUUGGAGUAAUUCUUCCGCCAAAGGAAUUUGUAAUGAUGAAUAUUUUAAUGGUAAAAGUGUUUUUAAAAAAAGAUGAAAAUCAUAUAUUUCAAUAUUGCAGGAGCUUUUUGUCCUCAAAGGCCAACAUCUCACCAAUAGGAGGAGUGAGUAAGGGAGUGUUUAAAUUUAGAAUUUAACUUGAACCACUGCCAGCUCAUCUAGUAAAAGGAUGUGGGUGAAUUGGGUGUUGUGUUUAGGGGUCCUUAUGAGUAGUUUUCCACCCAUGGCCUUCCAGUGUUUAAACCAGGCCCUGCAAUCUUAAUGUUAUAGAGAAACCAAACUACAUUAAUCCGCAUAUGAAGGUUGUUUACAAUACAUUAUGGUGGUUCCAUAUGUUGACUGGGCCUACUUAAUACAAGGCUAGAUUAUUAAACUGCACAUUGUAUGUCAUGAUAAUCUAAGAUGUAACCAUUGUGAAAUUGAUUUAAUGUCAUUUUUAGACUGCUUGUGGAUGUUUAACAACAUGUCCCAACAUUAUUUAUACCGUAUGUUUAUUACUGGAGGAUACCACAACAUCUCUCUGCAUGACCACAACCAGACAAGUGAGAAAUCUUUUCUCUCGUUUGAUUCUCCUAACAGGCUUUUGCGGUCGGUUAUUCGCUGUCUGCAGCUCUCUGGCGUUUGGAAACGUGAAAAACAAAUGGCCUAGCGGGCUCUCGUAUGGAAAGCAGGCAGGGCACAGCGGGGCUACAGUGACAUUUUCCCCACAUGCAAAAUCAUGCAAAAGGUAAAUACUGAGGCGGAGGGAUACAAACACUAUUGCAGAACAUGGCCGUCACCUCCGUCAUGUCCUCUCUUGUGGACCCACCCUCUCUUGUGACACUACGCUGUGAUUGGAUAAACGGCCCGCAUGUCAGCUUCUCAUUGGAUUCCCGACGGGUCAAUCACGGGCUAAUGUCAAUGACGUUGAUCGUACACUGGGUUCACUGUAUCGCCUGGGUGGACAGUAUAGUUACUUCAACAUUAAAUGGAAUAAAAUGCCGUGGAUUCACUUAGAUAGAUACGUCGCUUAAGCGUUUUUAAUUAAUGGUUGGUAAACAAGUCGGGUCGCUUGUGGAGCAGGUGUCGGCAGGCUCGUUUUCGGUUUUUGUCAGCAAUAUUUCAGGGUAAGUGGAGUGAUACAUUUCCUUCCUGCGUCUUUUUCCUCGCACAAGAGGACAAACCUGCUCGCUUUAAUAUUUAAAUUCAGCAAAGUAAUAAGGAUCACUGUAUUGGCCUGUAUCGAUUAGAAGUACAGCCCUAAAAUGAAUACACAACGUCGGUAUUUUGAUGUAAAGUAGUGCGUGUGUGCUCCAGCUUGCAGUUAAAUGGAGAGGGUAAGGAAGGUAAUGGCUGUCGGUCGACUCGUAACUUGAAAAUUGUGAAAUGGCCCUGUUUAGACGGGCUCAUCCCUUUGCUCUGGGAACCAAUUUCGGGUUUGGUGUCUGAAAAGAGGGUGUUACCCGCACUAAGAAGUCAGGAGACACGAUUUUGAGAGGCAUGCUAGUUUCCCCGACCUGUCACAUUAGAUCCUGUAGGGUACCUGUCCGCCGUCAGUGGGCCUUCUCAGUCUCCAGACUCCCAUCUGUCAGACCGCUCAGAGGAUAUUACAGAUAGGACUUACUUAGUGUAAAAUAAGGGGUUAGUUUCCCCAACUUGGACCCCACAUACCUUAUCCAGCGCUGUCGUUGGAAGUUUAAUAAGAUUAAGAAGAAAACAGGCUAAUUACACAUAAGUGACCUAUUGUUCAAAGCUGUUCACGCAGCUGCUUUUUUCCUGUUUUGCAAUAGCCUGAAGAAAGAUGUUAUUUUCCUGCACCUGUUAAGUUUGUUUCAGUGAGUGGGUUUCAUUUUUAGGCGAAUUACAUGAAUAUUUCCAACACUAAUACUGCUAAAAGUUGUGGAAAGGGCAUCUGCAUGGCCUUAUUUACUGCUGCCUAUAACGUAAAUCCUGGUCAGAUUGAAUCGAUUGAAGUUAAUUAUUGGAGAUUUAUGUAUGCAGUGAUUAGCUCGUGCAGCCGUGAUUUUCAGUGCCAUCCCAGGGUAGAUAGGAAAGCUGCUCAGCUAGAAGUAGGCCAGUUAGAGAGUGAUAACACCAGCAUGUGUGCCAUCCCUGCAGAUGGAUUAAUAUCAACAUCUGUACUAACUACAGAUGUUGCAUUGGAGGGCAUUCAUGAUACAUUUAUCCAAUCACUUCUACAGCCACCAUUUAAUUCGCUGUAAUGUGCUUUGUAGGUGUUGCGCUGAUUCCCUUUCCAGAGGGAGUCAAAGCUACUUUCCUCAGGUCCUAAAAACCUGGAUCCUAGAAAUGACUAUUCCUCCACUUGUCAGCUGCUAUCAUCAAUAAAAAUAUUUUGAAAAAGUGCUUAAAACAACAGUGUUGUUGAAACUUGCAGCUCGUCAGGGCAGGACUUUGAGCUUACAAAGCUGGGAGUGGUUGAUGAACAGAAUAAAACUAACAGACGCUUUCUCCAGGUCCGUAACAGGAACUCUUAUAACAGCUUUAGUUUAUCAGUUGUUGGAGUCAAGUCAGGGGAAAUCUGACAAGACAGACAGCUAAUCAAACAUUGAAUUUAUUUGCUAGUCAAGAAGGGGUGUUUGGGAUAGCUAUACACUUAAAAGGUAAAAAGGAAAUGAGCAGAAAUUGUGUUAAUACAGUGUGUUUGAUUCAGGAAUGUAUACAAAGUUGUGUCUAAUAUUAUUUUAGCUUCAUUAGGCUGCCCUCCUCUCAUUGGAAAAUGGUGAAUAAGUCAAAUUUACCAUCCAGACAUGCUCAGAAUGUAGCUCACAAAAAGUUGUCAUAAAUUCAGAGGCAUUUUUGGUACCAAAGCUGCCAUGUGGAUAUUACCAUAUCUAAUUUCUUUUUGUUUGGCAUUUUGGCCCUUGUGAACUUACUAUUUUAAGUCAGAGGUGUCUGUAUUGGGACAGACAACAUCAUGUAUUGCGUUUCCUGAAAGUAGAACCUGCUUUAUCAUAAAUUUAGCCAUCAAUGGGACCAGAAGAAAUCAUAAAAAAGUAAACUUAAGAUCCUGAUGUAUGCUAGAAGGCUUGAAACUAGCAUUUGAGACCAUUUCCUUCAAGAUGAAAAAGGUUGAAAAUGGAGCUCUGAGGCAUGUUUAUGUCCAUAUCUGGUACAAUCUGACAUUUUUUCCUGUUUUAAAUCCAAUGGCAUCACCCCCUGCUGGCUAAUAUCAAAAAUGCAGGUUCAUGGAUUUGUCUUUUCAAAGAAACAAUAUGUCCUCUAUUUUUGCCAUCAGUGGCGAUUUUACUGCUAUUUUCUUUUCCUCAGCAACAUUUAGUUUGUCCUUUGGUUGUGACGAUACAGUACCAUCAUUACUCCACUUCAACAUUAAAGGAAUGAUCAUUUAGUAUAAGAGAUUGGAUGAAAUGUUGCAGCUUUUUUGCACUAAAGAAAAGAUGACAUAUUUUAUCUAAGUAAUGAGUUGGUUCUGCCCAUUGGAGAACUCUGUUACUCUAGAUGUCUAUGAGGAUAAAUAUUCUGAUUUACUGCUGUUUUUGUGGUUAAAAAAGGAAUUUGAAGACAGCUUCUUGGACAUGUUGGUGACUAUUUUUUGACCUUUCACUGAAAAUCACCCAAAAAUAUAAUCAAUAGCAAAGGCAGUGGUGAGUUACUGCUUUAAUAACUUGGACAGCUUGCCAGUGACUUGAAGAUAUAAAUCCUCUGCUACCCCAUGUUCCUUGUCAUUGUUAGGUGAAAUGUUGCUGCAGAGUCACAAGUCUGUAUGAGAGCAAAUAAGCGCUGUCCAUCUUUGGGGGGGUUGAGAUUGAGCCAUUAAGACCAACCUAAAGCCCCGUCAGAGAGCCGCGGAGGGGCUAACCCCUCUGCGAGUCACGUUUGAGGCUCGGACCAUUUAUCUCAAGGCUUUGGCACAUUUCAUUGGCUGAUGCAUAAUCCGCUAAAGGUCACAGCCACUAAUUACACUACUCCAAAACAGACAGAUGCCUACCCUGAGCUUGAUUGCCCUGUCCUUCAUCAGAACAGUAUUCAAAGGUUGCAUAACCCUCAGUCAGACAAUUCGAAUGACAUGUGCAGGGCUCACCCGAGUCACCAAAUGAAGAUAAUGAGCGGACUUACUUGUCUCCCACCGCUCUUAUCCAUAUGUUUCUCGAGACUUCCUUUUAAAAAUGCCUUUUUCUGCUUCUUUUGCUGCCCAUUUGUCGUUGAACGAGUUGGUUUGGCUGGACGCACUUUUAGCCAAGCGGCGACCUCAUUAUCUGGGCGUCCAAUCAGUCCUCCGGCCAGCUCCUAAUUGAGCCAUCAGCGCCUUGAGGGGGGAAGAGGAGGGAUGAACGUGUCAAUUACAGUAAUGAGAGGGCAGCCAUGCAGAGGGCAGUCAGGGAGACCAAGGCCAGACAGAAGCCUUGAAGUGAAGCCCAAUUCUUGUCAAUUCAGGGCUAAUCAAAGAUAUUAUUGUAGCUUGACAGUGGUUAAGUUAAUCGAGUCAGUAAAGGGCAGUUUUUAAUCAUUUCCCCUCUAACAGUGGAACAUUUCUAUCUCGCUAUGGUAAUUGUUUACAGCUGAUGUCUUAUAGUUGUAUUAAAUGAACUCUCAAAAUGUACAAAAAUCUUCAUCCAACUCGGCGUAAAUCACAUCAAACAUGGCUAUCUCUGCAGGUUCGUUCAUAAGAUCGUGCUUGAAAAUGAACAUCUUUAAACUUCAUGGUGUCUUUUCACUGCCACCAUCGUAAAGACAUUACUUUUCACAAGUAUGUGCACUUUUUGACACAAAUACGCUUAAACAUGUAUUAAUUAUGAAAUAGCGCCUCUUCUUUGGCAGCAUUUCCCCAACUCAUCGUGCUUUUAUUUAGAGUGUACUUCAGUGGGUACAAGAGGCACCAUCAUGAAUUUGUGGAGUAGCUGAAUUAGAGCUAAUUGAAACCAUGAUUUAAAGCUUAUGUAAUUAACUGAUUGUAAGAAUCUUAUUUUAAGGAUAUUAAAUCGUGCUCCAGUGCAAUUUGAUUUGUGUGCCUUUUAUCAUAAAUAUAAAGAGUAUAAACCCACGGUGCCCGAAAAUAUGAAAUGAUUUGGGGAAUUCAAAACAUAACCUGAAGUUAUAUCUUCAUAAGACUUGUGAUGUUUUUCAGUUUACAUGACAGACAGGAAAUGUGUUUCAUCUUUUCAUUAUUUUAAUCUGAAAAUGAUGAGAUCAGUUAUUAGAUUAGCACGCCUCCACAGGAAAAGCAGAAUUUCUGUGUAUAGAUUGUGAUGUCUGCUCUCUAACGUUGAACAAAUACGACCAAGCUUUGUUAUUUUUAUAAUUAAAAACAUAAAAUGAUCCUCGCUCCUUCUGAUUUUCUUGAAUAGUGCCGUUGUCCUAGUUUGAGACAAAACCAAGCCAGUUGUUCGUUUUGAACACCACAUGCUGUGACUGAAAGUGUGUAAAAACUGUGAAUAAUCCAACUUCUUCAUUUCUGACACAUUUUUUUAUUCUAAAAUGUGAGCUGCUGCAUCAGUGCACUUGUUUCCUCAGAAUCACAAUCUGUGUAUCUCACUGAAUAAAUGUCAUUUGAUUCAGUUUCACAGAAGGUACUUGAGGCCAAAGACUCAAACCUGAGCGAAUCGAAUAAACAGUCACAAACAAAAGUUUUUGGAGUUAUUUUUGGGGCAUUUUUACCUUUUACUGGAAAGAACAACUGAAGAGAGAGGGACAUUGGGAGUAGAGUUGAACCAGCGGCCGCUGCCAAACUGCCCCCAUCCCAUAUAUUCUGCCAUUUUUAUUCACAAAAAUAACAUGUGAUUAUUACCCGUCAUGUAUCGGCCAGUAAGUCUCCUCUCUGGGGUCAGUAUCAGGGCUGAUAACUGUGCAGCACGUCCAAAUAAUGUGGUACGGGUUCAGUUUCAUCAACAAGCUGGAAAAAAGGCAAUUUGGGUUUGCCUCUCUGGCUAAACGUCCGAUACAGACGGCUGAUGCAUUUCAUGGCACAGAUAAAUGAAGCGGAGAUUUUUAGACUUGAACCCAAUAUGCUGGAUUUCAUUACAGCUUCUGAUUAAUUCUCAAGCUGGACACUUUAAAGUGUUGAAAUGUGGUUUGUGGAGGCCCCAUGUGCACUCCACUGGCGUUUUCAUAUUUUCCGUCUGGCCUGACAACAAUCCCACAGGAAAGCACGGACACAGAGGGUCAAGACUGCAGGGAAAACUUAACACAACAGGACCGAUGCCUCUGUGUAGGAAGGAGAGGGAAGAAAAAUGGUUUUGAGAGCAGAAGAUGCUGAAAAUGUGGAGUGAUUGUUGUCAGUUCCUCACUCAUCUUCACUAUUCAGGUGUUUUAUUGGCAGUUUUCAUUGCAGGAAUGAGACUUUGAAGAUUUAUCUCUAGGAUCCUUCUGUAGUGCGCUCUCUUUUUCACUGCUAAAUGUGCGCUUUCCUUAUUAAACAUGUCCCAUUAUCAAGGAUAUAUAUACUGAGUUUAGACAGCCUGAUUUAGAGAGAGGAAGAUCUUCCAGUGGUUCGUCGCUAUAGUGGAUGUGAUCUUAUAGAGAUAAAAAAGACAGAUGUUUAAAUGGGGCUGGACGAUAAACUGAAAAUUUACCGAUACCAACAUUUACAACAAUAACCAAUGUCGUUUUGCCCAUAUUGAUAUAUUUGGUGUCAAAAAAAAUCAAUCAAUAAAAGUUAGUUUUGGAUGUGUGUAGGUAGGCUAUGGUCUCAUGUCCCUUUAAGAUGUUGUCCUAAGUCAGACACAUGACUCCACCCCAUCCAGUCCGUAAAGAGGGAAAGACAGGUGAGGAGAUGGAGGACAGUUAAGUUGUAGCGGCUGGAGCGGCGGCUAAAGUAGAUGAAGUUAAUGUGGGAGGGGGUGAGCAGCUUGUGGAGUAGUUAUCGUCCAUUUAUCGUUAUUGAGGUGAACUGCUCAAUAUAUCGCAAUAUUGAUUUGAGGCCAUAUCGCCCAGCCCUAUGGUUAAACGAUCAUUAAAUAAGCCGACCAUCCAGGUAUUUUCUGUCUGUAGGAAAUACUGCCAUACAUCAUCACUGACAAAAUCUUCAUCUGCUGCCACCCUCUCAGACGCAUCCUUUCAGUUACAGAUGUUUAAAGGCAAUUGAAACAAAGUGAAAGGCAGGUGGCACCCUCUGCUGUUCAAUAAUGGUAUCAGUAUUCACUUUUCAUCUCAGGGAUUUGAAUAAUUUUGUACAGAUGCUGUAUGACAAGUAAACUAAAAAGCAGAAAAAAACACUCGUAAGAAAAAUGAAAAUGACAACGAAUAAUAGAAAAAAGAAAAAUAACGAGAUGACAAUGAUGUUGGCGUCUUGUCUGUACUCCCAAUCUCAUCUUGAAUGCCUAACAAGAUGCUGUUAAAGUUAUUUUGUAGUACAAAGAGCUUGUCUUAGUUGAAGUUUUCCGAAAUUGAGUUUCAAGAGGCUCCCAUAUUUCUUAUUUAUAUCACUCCUCCGUCAUUCUCAGGCAAACUUAUCCUGAACGCUCGCAGCAGGCGGGGUCCAUCUGCCCCGUCCGGUGUCUCAAUAUGACCCUCUCAGCUGUUGUGAGAGCAGCCCAUUUUCCCACUUUAUCCUUUCAUUUGCUUUUAAGUUAUUCAAGAGGUAAAAAGGUGAGCAUGAGAGCUUCAUCUAUUCUCGGGCUGUCGCCUAUCUUUUCCAUAAUCCACUGCCAACGGGCGGUUAAACUCGGGCAUGUGAGAAACAAGUGAAUAAUGCCAACCUGUUCCAUUUUGCAUCGCCAACAAAAGUUUGAGUGACUCAUGGCUUCACUUUACACUGCACAGGUGUCCAGUUGAGUCUACUGAGCGUUUUAAACUGAAUAAAUACAGAACCAACAUCUUACGUUUUUUUUUUUUUUGCUCAUGCUCUUUAUAGAUUACCUGAAAAACUGAUCUCCAUAUAGAUAGCGCAUCAAAUAUCCACAUUUGAGAGACAGAUAUGAGAUUAUGUUUAGCAUUUUCGCGGAUGAAGUGAUUAUUUAUCUUCUAUUUAUCAACAAUUUUUUUAUUCGUUUCAGCUUCAGGUGAGAGGAAAGAAAACUUUGUAGCCUUACUAUAAACUUAAAUUGAGACUGGUUGAUAUUAUUACAGCUCUCAUUCAAGGAAGGAUAAACUGUGAGAUAAAAAUGUUGAUAUUUAUCGAUGUAGAGAACAUUUAAAUGCUCCCGAGUAUUAAAUCUUAAUACUUAAUCUGGUUAUGUAAGAGUACAGAUUGUCUGUAGUAAAUAGUGUUAACUGCAAAAAUGGGCUACAGCAGGUAAAAACCAAUACUGCAGGUGUAACAAAGAGAUGAAUGCGUCUCUGCUCUCCUAUUUUUGGCUCGUAUAGAUUUUGAAAAGCUCUCAAGGCUUUCUUAUUGAUCGUCUUUGUCGAUUAUUUUUUUUCAUAGUCAAAAAGAAAAAAAACACCAAAGAGGAUUUAACAGAGCCGCCGUUGAAAAGAUAACAAAAGUUGAACCUUGAUAGUUGAGCGAGUAGUUUACCUAAGCUGUAUGUGCAACCACAGGAUUCAUAACUGAAGCGUUGUUAGUGUUUGUAAUUUGGUGUAAACUUCCCUUUCAGAUAAUGUGGCAACUCCUCAAGGGAUUAAAAGUCUUAUUUGUGGGGAACUUACAGUUUUCUCUUAAUGUACCAAAACAAUCAGUGUAGUAGUCCAUGAAAGUGUCACUUAGUGGCAUGUAGCUCAUAUAUUUAAAACAGUUUUUGAUUAAAUGUAUGAAAUUUAAAGGUUGGAGAUGAGUUCACAGAAGGCAGCCUCAUCUUAAAGCAGCAGCUGCUACUUUUUUAAAACAAUUUUACAGUUUAGUUUCUAUAUUUUGGUUCUUAUUUCCAGAUUUGGGAUUUAGAUUUUAUUUCCGGGCUGUGUCUGAAUCAGGACUUCAGUUCAUGUUAUGAUGAAAUGCUCUGGCUAGUACUGGACACAGGAAGCCUCAGCAUCUUGUUGUCUGGAUAGAUAAACGUUGAUGCCUCCAGCUACUCCAGCUCUCACAGCCACAUCGUUCUGUUGUCGUCUUUUACUUCAAGGUUGACUUUUAUUUUCAUUUUUUCACACUACAGGAGUAUAACCAACCACCCUCCCUUUGAUUGAUCGCUCCGAAUGCCCUUUGUGUCGUCUUGUACUAAGUCUGUGACGUGUCGUGAACAUGUGCGACAUCUGAGUGACCUUUGUGUGUCUGUCUGUCCCACACAGGAGAGGAGCGACAUCCUCCUUCAACACAGCAGCUGCAGGGAAGUUUGUCACUUUGGUCUCUGUGACACAAACUUUGAACUGAGGUCUUCUGCUUUUUAACUUCACACGUCCCCGCGGCGCCCUCUCUUCACUCUCGCCGCCUGACAGUCGGUGGAUUGGACAACGUUGCCUCACCACACCUGGGCAGAGAAAUGUGUGUGUGCGUGCGUCCUCAAAUGCUGGACUGUGUCUGACUGUGUUUUGGACUGAAGUAAGAGGUCACUUGGCUGCACUUCCUCUCUCACCCUCAGAGAGGCUCUUCUACACUUGACUGACUACAACAUUUGUGUCUACAACCACAAAGCACCAUGGGUAGGAAAAAGAUUCAGAUCCAACGGAUCACUGAUGAAAGGAACAAGCAGGUGAGGCUUGGUGAUGGCAUGUUUCUGUUUUUGGAGGCUUGUUUUUCUCUCGAAGUGAAAAGAUGGGGUGUCUGUGGCUCAGGGGGGGAGGUGGUUGUCUCUCAAACAGAGGGGUUGAGGGUUUGAUCCCGGGUCCUUCUGUCCACAUGCCAAAAGUGUUCUAGGACAAGACGCUAAUCCUAAAUUGCACUGAUGCUGUGCCAGUGGUGUGCGAAUGAGAUAAGGUGAUACUAAUGGGUUGUUUUCAUAGCAGCCUCUGCCAUCAGUGUAAAGAUGUGGUGUGAAAGUGACAUGUAAUGUAAAAGUACAUUAAGAGAAUAGACAGUGCACUUUAUGAAUAUAAUGUAUAGAUGAGAGCUGUCUUAAACAUUUAUUUUUAUAAUUUCUUAUCCUGACAUUCAGUCUGAAAUCAUCGAUGUGCGCCUUUUUUCAGGGCCAUUAUCUUCUGUAUCUCUCAGUCAGCUCAAAGUUACCUGUGGGAAACUUUCAAGCAUAAGAAACUUUUAUAAAUUUAGCAGAUUGACGAUCUCGUAGUUAUAUUUCUUAACUCUUGUAUCAAAAUGUUUUGAAUUUGAGACUGCUUUUAUUCAGCCGUCGUCUUUAUAAUGUGAUAACAAAGUAGAGGUCACAAUUCCGUCACUUUGGUUCUAGUGGUCCUGUUAGUGUACAUUUAUGCUUCUAAAUGAAUGUAUCAUUUGAUCAAUUCUUAUUUGUUUAGAUUGAAUAUGUUUCCUUUAUUUAUGUUUUUCAUUUAAACAUGAAAUGUGGACAGUAUACCAGAGCGUUGACAUCAUGAAAAAUCUCAUUGAGCACCUCAUGAUUAUAAGUUUGUCAUCCUGCUAAUGGUUAGUGUAUAAAACGAUUAAAGAAGUUAAUAUAGAUAUAAAGAAGUAGAUGUUAGUUUUUGUCCAGAUAAAACAUAAAAUAUCUGUUUCAGACAGAAAAAAUAACUUAAAAUGUAAAUUUUAUUUAAUCUGAAGCUUUUAAAAUUAAAGAUUUUUAUUUCUAUCAGAUUAUCCUGCUUCACACAAGGAGUUUGUUAGUUUCAUCCUUUUAUUUUAUGAGAGGCGUGUGACUUUUUUUUUUCUCUCGUUUGCUCUAAAAUUUUCAAAAAUAAAAUAAAAUAGUUUUCAAAAUACCUGCUCUGCACAGCCGUCAAAGCCUUUCAUGCAAAAUAAGAUCCACACUCUGCAGGGUUGUAUUUUUAGGUUUAUGUUGGUAUUAGAAUUAUGAUGUAUGCAUCAGUAAUAAAGAUGCAAACCGCCAAAGUUAACUUUAAUGAUCGCCUCAGAGUUGUGAGAAGAGUAACGGGUGGGAAUUGUCUUUAUAGACACUGGAUGAUCAUCCAAAAAUCAAAUAAAGCAAUUGGCAUCAUUAAAAAUGUAAUCUUUUUACGACACUUUUUAUCACACUUUUAAUAAAAAGUAAGAUCCCCGAGGCAGCACUGUGUCAGAAGUAUGUUAAAUGAUAAGAAUAAUGUCUUCAGUUUAUUCGAAAAUAACAUUUUAAGCACUGUUUUGUGAAUCAUUUUAGAAAACAGGGUUGUUGUGUUCAUGAACUGCCCUCAUAAAAAAAAAGUUUUCUUUUAAAUGAAGAGUCCUCUUUCUUCACCGCCGUCCUGAGGCAGAUUUAAGAUGGACUGAAAUGGUUCACAGGUUUUGUACGCUCUCAUUCUGGAGCUGCUCUAUUGUUGACUUAGCUCUAUGCCUGUGUUAUUACUCCAUUCAAAUAUGCCCGUUUUCUGCUCGGAGAGGUGUCAAAAACUCAAAAGCUGGCUGUUGACAGGACUCUGCCUUUUUCAGCUCCAUUUGUUGUUUCUUCUCAGUCCUCACAAAUCUUGACUGUGUGAGGCUGCCACCACACUUCACAGCAGGGAUGCUGUUUGAUGGACGAGAUGAGCCCGAGCCCUGCCAAACAAAGUGCUUUGUAUCAUUGCUGAGAAAAAGAGUUCAUUUCGGGUUUCAUCACGCCGCACAAUAUUUUCAUACUCUCAGCGCGCUACAUGUUUUUCUUUGUUUGUCAUGUUUCGUGUCUUUUUCAGAAGUGUGUGUCUUUUGGCUCAGCGAUGUCAAAUGCUGCGCCGAUUGUUGUGAUUCUAGAUAAAUCCAUAAUCACUGCUCUGCAGCUCCUUCACAGUGACUCCUGGUCUUCUCUCUGACCAAGAUCUUUAUUGUUUUUACAGUUGGGUUCGAAUGAGUUGUCAGACAAAAAUGUUUAUCCUGUGUUUUUAGGGUUUUUCCUCCUCUUAUCGCUGCUUUCGGGAAGCAUCAGGAAUUUUUUUGGUUUAGUUUGAAGUCCAAAUCCAUCCUCUUUAUCUCCGGCCUCUGCAGACUCAUCCUGGAAUUUGUUCAACGUUAAAAUCAGAAACAUACUUUAAUUUAAGAUUUUUGAUACAGUGUCUGUGUGAUCCGGUUGCGCCUGGUGUCACUGUUGUUAUUGAGAUUGAAUGACUGUUUUAGGGGAGUUUCGACCAAUCAGAGGAAAGUAUUCAACCGGAGUGAGAAAACAGAGGAUUAAAAGUGGUGAAGGUUUGUCCAGCCUGUCGUCUCUGCCCAUCACUUUUACUUUGACACUGCUAGACAACUUUUUCCUAUUCAUGUUUAAGUUUUUUCUUUAUUGUUCAGCUUUGACAUCUCCAGUUAAACCAGUGUGGUGUGUACAGCAGGUUUGUUCAGUAUAGAGCACAUCUAAUCAUCUCAAUAUAAAUGAGAGCUCAACCGCUCUGAGAAAAGUGAGUCAACAAAAGUAUUCUAAAAAAAAAACAGACUUCUGUUUUAUCAAUUUGAAGUUAUUCACAGUACAACAUCAAAAGUUCAGUGUUUGACACUGUUAUUUCAUUAAAGUGCAAAUAAUAGUGAGUCACAAAAGAUCCACAAAAACAAGGACGCUUCAGAACUGAUACUGAAAACUGACUCCACUCUGUUUCAGUGUUUUUUUUCUGGCAGUCAAAGAGCACCUAAAGGAUUUAUUUGUGACGCCACACAUACUUUCUAUAUCACCAGACACCUGAGAGUUUGUUUGUUUGGGUCCACCAUCAGAUACAGCAUAUCUUUAUAUUACAUUUUCUAAACGAUACCCGAGGUCAUCAUCAUCUUUUUUGUCUGACUUGUGAUUUUGAUUUGAGUCCAAACUUUUUAUGCAUCAACAUUUCCAAAGGAUGUUUUUCUGAGUUACCUAAGUAAAAAUGCUUAACCCUGAAAAAGGAGCAGAGGCACUUAUUCAGAGAAAUUUUUACCCAAAAAAAGUGUUUUAUAAUCUUGAGUUUUUGGCCUUUUAUUGAGUCUUCUCUGAGUUUUUUUUUUUGAUAAAUAAUGCUUUAACUUCAAACAAAUUCACAUCUUUCCUGUCUGCUUCCUCUUCCCGUCUUUCUUUUCUUAGGUGACAUUCACAAAGCGAAAGUUCGGCUUGAUGAAGAAAGCCUACGAGCUGAGUGUUCUGUGUGACUGCGAGAUCGCCCUGAUCAUCUUUAAUCAUGCAAACAAACUGUUCCAGUACGCCAGCACUGACAUGGACAAGGUCCUGCUCAAAUACACAGAGUACAACGAGCCUCACGAAAGCCGGACCAACGCAGACAUAAUCGAGGUGAAUCCAUCACAGCAGCAGCAGCAUUUGGGUUCAAAUCAGUUCACAACAACAGCUCAGUGUUAUUUUAGUUUAGCGCUGUCGCUACCAAUUCAUUUGUUUAAAAAAAAACAUGAAGUUUCAUCAUCUCUUCUCUCAUCUCCCUUGUUCACAGACUUUAAGAAAGAAAGGCUUCAACGGUUGUGAUAGUCCAGAGCCGGAUGGCGAAGACUCCAUCGACCAAAGCCCCUUGAAUGAUGACAAGUUCCGCAAGACAACAGAAGACCUGGAUGUCCUUUUCAAACGUUAUGGAGUAAGUCAGCUAGCUUACACCCGUUUAACUCAGAUGUUUUCGAUAUGCGCUUUGCUGGACCCAUCGGCUGAAUCCCUUUAUAUUUUCACUGCAGAGUUGUUGGUCAAAUAUUUCUCGGUUAUUUUCUGUGUUUUGUUUGAGUGCCUCACAGGAAACAGCAACUGGUGUGAAGUUCCUCUAAGACUAAGUUGUUGUUUCACACUUUUUUUUUUUCACACGGAUGAGCAGAAAACUUUUGAUCAUCACAGAAGAUAACAGAUAAAUAAACACUCCUUUGGACACAGUCAUAUCAGACCAUUUUAAGGCAGCUUAUUAGAGGCUGAUGAUAAUUCUAAUGCAAUCUUCACCACAAGCCUGAAAGACAGAGCAUUUCAUUUUCAGCUCUCAUCUCUGACUGUUGUACUUCUUUGACAUCUGAAUCAGUGUACCUAGUGUCAUCCAUUCAAAAGCAUCCCUCAGUUAAAUACAUAAAUCCUUCAUUAAUCCCCCUCUUUUAUUGUAUAAAACUGACUAAGUUAAAACAUGACCACCAUCACAAAAAACAUCAAUAUAUUAUUGAUGCUAAAGAAAGCAAACUACAGAUUGCUUUAAGCUAAAGCUUUUUUUCUCAAUACUAUGGUUGACACUUUCGAUUUUAAGUAACAUUGUUAGACUGAAGAGAAAAAAAUAUUUUGAGAAAUUCCCUCAUAACUUCCAAAGAGGAUCGAAGCUUGAACCGAGCAAUGAAUUAUUUAAUAAAGCCAUCAUUAUUUGACAUAAAGGAGUGCCUCAGGGAUCUCCCCUUGGACCACUUUUAUUUUCUCUGUGUGUCAGUGGGAUUUAAAAAAAAGAAUCCCUUCAUAAACAAAAUAGAUAUUUUAUUUUAGGACAGAAUAUUGAACCCUUAGAUGCCAACUUGUCCAUCUUAAAUCAUGCAAACAUUAAUCACGGCCAAAAGUUUAAGUGCUUUGGUAUCUGUCUUGAUCAGUAUUUGUCCUCUAGAUCACUCAGUUUAAAUUCAAUUGAAAAGCUAAGACCUCAACUUGGUUUUCUUAAAGUGAAUUAGUCCUAUGACCAGAACUGUGACCAGGCAGGCCAGUUUUGAAUUAUGGGGACACAUACGUCAUGCAUCCAACUGCUUCUGUAUUGAAACCUUUGAAUGCCAUUUACCGCAGCACUCCUAACAGCAUUGGCAGCUUCUUGUGGGGUCAUCUAAGAAAACAACAAAGUAUUCUGUUUUAUUUUAGACCACUUUUGGAUAAACUUCCUUCUCACUUAACUCGUCCCCCAUCCCCAAACAUUUCAAGUCAUACAACCAGACCUCAAAACGUGAUGGGGAAAAACUGCUUUGUCUCUCUGAUAAAGUUUUGGCACCGAGGACUUGCUAAUAGAUGUAUUUUUUUUUUUUUUUGCAGGAGUUUGAAAUUUUUUUGAUGGUCUCACUCUUCCCCUUUGCACCUGUCCGUUUGAAGACUAACAGUGAGUUUGUAUUUCCGCAGCAGACGGCGGCUCCGCCCCAGACUUUCUCUAUGCCGGUCACUGUCCAGUCAUCUAAUCAAAGCACACUGCAAUUCAGUAACCCUGGCAAUGCGCUGGUAACUACCUCCUAUGUUACAUCAUCGACCCUCACGGAUACCCACCUCCUGUCGCCACAGCAACCAGCUCUUCAGAGGAAUACAGUGUCUCCUGGGUUGCCACAGCGACCAGCCAGUGCAGGUGAGUGUGUUACGAAAUAUCAGCAGAAACAAGCUGUUGGUAUUCAACCAGACUUUUAACGGGUUUUCUAAGAGUAAAAUCUAACAGAAAAAAGAAAAAAAAAACUAAAGACAUUAACCUUCUGCUUCAUCCCCUGACUACUGCACCAGCUUCUCCUUUUCUUUGUCGUCCUCCUCAAGGAUAACUAUGCAACAUCUGUAUUAACUGAUUUCAGUUGUUAUUCAUUCAUAAACCAAAGUGGAUAAAGUAUUAAGUUCCACAUCAUUACAUGUAGGGAGCUGCUUAACUCCCCAGGGUGUCGAGCUUAUUCCUCUGCACUGCAGCGUGUGACAUUUUACUGCACGUCUAGUCCAACUAAAAAUCUGUAACUUAUGCAGAAGUCUUGAAUUGUUGGUUAUUCUCUAUAUUAACCAGAUUAUAGACACAAAAGAGCUGCAGUUUAACAGUGUAGCUUUUAAAUAGUGUCAGCUGCAUUAAGAGUAUUCAUUUAAAAUAACCUUAUUUAUAAAAAACUGAGAUUUAAUGCCACAAUUUAAUUACUUCUUUUUUCAAUAGGAGCUCUUCUUGGAGGUGACCUGAAUAAUUCAAACGGAGGAUGCCCAAGUCCAGUCCGUGAGUACUGCUUUAUUCAUUCGGAGCCAGUAAUCGAUUGAUUGCUCAUUAAUUGCCUCUUUUUUUUUUUAUUGCCAAGUGCUUCUCUGUUCCCUGCCGUGCCCCUCUUCCUCUGUAGUCUGUGUGAUUGUGGGUUCAGGAGAUGUCACCAAUGAUAUCAGCACACAUACUUGAGAUAUCUCACACGAGUUCGACUCUCAUUGUGGAUUUUUACAGUCUUCUCCUUUUCAAUGAAUCGUUUCGUUUUCCUAGAAACUGGGUGUCCUUCAUUUUAUCCGAUAUUAAGUGUCAAAAUGAAACACCUGAUGGAAGUCUUCGGCUCGGAAAUGUGAUGUAUUAUUCGAGCUCGUGUUGACAUUUCAAAGAGAACAUUGUUUCCGAUUUUUUAAAGGAGUACAUUUUGUCUAGACAUCAUGUCCAAUCAUCACCAACACAAAAAUCUUCUUUUUAGCUGUUAUCAGAUUUGAUUUUUACUCUUGAUGACAAGAUGUGAAAAGCUUUAUCCUGUCUGCGUUGACAGGUCUUUAAAUUGGAGCGUCUCAGAAUAGCAUAAAAGGAAGCAUUGAAGGAUUAUUUUAACGCGGCUCCUCAGUGCAAACACUCUCCGUACCCCGCCGCCCGCAUUCACCUGUUUGAUUUUCUUAUUGAUUUCUGUCCAUUCACACCUCUGUCACCCCGCAGCUAAUGGAUACACCAGUGCCAGGGCCUCCCCAGGCCUCCUCACUGUUUCCAACGGCAACAGUCUGGGGAAAGUAGUUCCGGCCAAGUCUCCACCCCCACCUCCGAGCCCCCAGAUGGUCAACAGCCGCAAGCCAGACCUCCGAGUCAUCACCUCACAAGGCGGAAAGAGCCUUAUGCAGAUGGUGAGCUUAACUAGGCAGAACUUGUGCUGUUCAGGUGCUUCAAGUUAACAUUUCCAACCACCAGGAGUGAGAAAAUGGUUCUUAAUUUCUCUGUCAAGAUUUGGGAUACAAGAAAAUACAGAUGCUACAUCAACUAAGACACUUGAAACCCAGUUUUGUUAAAACACGAGACGAUUGAAAUUAUUUUCAUUAAAUCUCAGACGCAGCACUUACUGGCGGUUGAAUACGAUGGAAACCUUACAAAAACAUUGGAGUUUAUAUUGAUAUAUCAAAUGAAAUCUACAAACCAAAUCAAGAUAAACAGUCUGUUAGAGGCUGGCAUCAUUUCUGUGUUUUUAGUCAAAACCUGGGAGCCAAGAUUUGUGCUCUUCUCUCAGUGUUCGAGAGCUCAUUAUUUACUCUGGCAGACUUAGUGAAGUCUUGGAUGAAUCGACCAACUCCCACUGACUCGUUGAUGAGAUUCCUGGUUACCUUUUGAACCAAAUAUGCUCUCACUUUAGCCUGUAGCCUCUGUGACAUGGUAUUCAACCCACCAGCAGCGGGCAAUUAUUUGCUGUUCGUGUCAAAGUUCAGGAGUUGAAAACAGACAGUGUCCCCAGAAGGUCCAUUUAAAGCUGGUCUGAAGCUCACUCGAUCACUGCUCUUUCUUCGAUGAUGGAGUCAGCCCACAUGUCACUGAAGUACAGAUAAAAAAUGAUGUUUUCAGUGCUUUUAAACCUGCGUUACAUUAGUAUUCAGAGUGAAUGAAGUAAGUAUAUGUCCAGAAACGAGAGAAAUUCUGCUGAAAAUCACCACGUACAGUUUCUCUUCCCUAUUUUUACUGUCUUUGUGUCUCUCAGCUCUUUUGUUUUGGUAUUGCAGAUGAUAACUUCUCUGUUUUUAGUAAGUCUAAAUGCUUUUCUAUGUAAAAAGAUUUGAUCAUGUCUAUCAUCCUCGACCUGCCCUAUUACAGUACAGCUGGACGCAGGAGAAUCGAGCACGUAGCAGGGUAUUUCCUUCAAGUGCUUGUAAACUCCUAAUCUUAGAACCUAUUGAUUGACAGCUGAGGCCCAUGGGGACCAGAAUGCUUCAGAUACCAUUAUCUAAUCCUGCACCUACAGAGUCUUUUUUCCUUUUUCUGAAAACGCAAAGAAAACCAAGCCCGGGGGGAAAGGAAAUAUUAGCCCUGCAAUCAUCAGGCCCCCAGAGAAAUAACUUUCCAGCAAGCUAGCUGUUAAACAAGCACCUGUUUGUUUCAGGUUUUAGGACUUCUCUCGGUUUAAAGGUUGACUGUGCUUGAAAAAUUUUCUGGUUGUAUCAAACUACAAAGAACUUACUUUUAACUUUUACAGUAGUUUACAAGCAUGAAUCAGAGCUGUAACUAUCUCUGUUACCACCCUUUGCAGACAGAGGAUGAGCUGGAGUUGGUAAACGAGGUGAUUCUUUACUCACAUCAGUCACUGGCAUGAAUCGAUGGUUACAGGCUGUCUGGCAUCGUUAGCAUGGUUACAACACUGUACAGGAGUUCCUCAUUCUUUUGGUUUCUCUUCACUGACAUAAACUUGGGAUACAGCCUGUUUGUUCCCAACCUGACUGCAUGUGGUUCAGGGCUCAUGGUCGUGUUGUUCCAACAUUGUUAGAGUGUUAGGAUCAUGUCUUUGUCAUCGCUAAUGUAGAAUAACCUUCACUGCUGUCGAUGCUCUGUGUCUUAGCAGAGGUAGGAGUAAUCAGGCUGAUUGACUUCAUCAUAUGAUGCCACCUAAAGCAUGGGUGUUUUUUCACAUGGUGCAGUUGGCCACAGAGCAUGUUCCCCGUUCACUGACACUCACACCGAGACUCAUCGUCACCUUCCACCCAAAUAUUCAACUAUAGAGGUGCUUAAAAACUUACUGGAAUUACAUUAAAGGCAUUUAAAUUGUGUGUGUGACUGCAAGAGAUGUAAGUAGAAACUUAAAAUAUUCAACAUUUCAGGAUAUUUUGGCUGCUUCUCUUUUUUUCUUGGCACCAGAUGAGUUGUGUUAAAAAUGAUAAGUCAGUUAGUAGGUCUACAGAUUCACUAGUGGCACUUUAUUUCACUAUUUUUAACCAUUUCUAUCUGUUAAAAAUAGAAAAAAUAUGUAGAAUGAAUAUUUCGACUCACAAAAAAAGAAAUAUUUGACAUUUUCAGCACAUUUAUAAAGGAUUUAAACAUCUACAGAGGGAACUGUUUUAUUGUAUUCUCCAAAACUUCAAGAGAAGUUGGCACAGUUGACUGACUGAAUGAGCACCCUGUCAAAUCUUAAUUAUCUUGAAGCUGAAUUUACUAAAAGAGAGAGUGAUGACAGCUGCUGCUCUUCCACACUCCCUCUCUAUGUUGAUAGGCAGGAAUCUCAUUUUCUAGAGACUAGUGAUUCAUUUUCAUCACCCUCACCCUGCCGCCCCGCCUCACUUCUUCACAAAGGCAGUUAAUUGAAUCUAGCCCGUCUCUGCGGUCUAUCUCCUCUCUCUCUCUCUGUGUAAAUUCAACACUACAGUCAUAACUCAGGCCCAAUGUUUCCUCCCAGGAUGAUCUGCAUUCACAAGGUCUCACAAUUCACGAGAGUAAUUCCAGACCUGAAUUAUUGCAUCUCUGGCUUCUAUUAUGCAGACUUUUUAUUAUUUUUCUCUUACAAAGGACGCCAGUUUGCUUUUAUCUGCGAUAUAAUUCAGCUGAACCAGACUCCAGAGUGUUGUUUUAUUACACAGAUUUGUGUCUGUCAGGACAGGUUCGUAAUAAUGAAACCUCAUUGGAGCAGUUUCACAGCUCUGACAGAAUGUCUGCUGCACCUGUGCUGAAUAUUUUGUCUUCUAAAUGUCUGAUUUAAUGUUCAAACAGUGGGCGAGCAGCAGGUUUUUACACUGUUAGCUUUCCCUAAAAAUGAAAAAUGAAAACAUAAAAAUAUGGAGAAAUGUUGCGAGUGCACCCAGGAAUCGGACUGUGAGACCUUUAGUGACAUCCGCUGGAGAAACAUGAGAAAGAUCAGUUGUCUGCUUAGUUAAAAAUUUAUGUAAGACCUGAAAUAGUUGGAGAUAACUUGGUGUGGAUUCUUUGAUUUUACUGAAUUUAUCAGGACUUUGAACCAGGAGUGAGUCCUUUAAAGAGAGACUUAACAUCUACAAAUCUGUGCUGGUUACACAUUACUCCAGUCAAGUGGUUGUAUGCUAGAGAGACAUUUUCUAGAUCAGCUAAUCCACACCCUGCUAUGAGAUAUCAUCUGUCAUCUCUGGUUGUUCACAUCUGAAUAAUGAAGCAUUACAGCACUAGCUUCAGCUACAUUUUAGACACAUAAUAAGACCAGGUUUUAUUAUUUUGAUAUUUAGAUAUUAUUUAAUAAUCUGUUUAAAACUAGUAACUCUGGCUGAUUAAACACACAUAUCUCUCCUUGGCACAUUAGUUUGAAAUCAUUGUGUUCAUAAGUAGCGCACGAAAUACAGCAAGUAAUGGUAAAAUUAAAGCUCCUGUAAGGAUUUUUUGUUAUUUAUGGAAUGCACUGGAUUUCAUAUUAAUGCCUUUUCAUGAUAUCCAAAAGUAAACGGGACCAUCAGUGACAAGAAUGAGGAUUUUUGGGGUCAUCAUUUUUACUGCUUGAAUCGAUGCAAAGGGGGUAGGUGUCGGCCAAGCAGCGGAAGAAACAGCCUCAUGUCAAAAGUCAACAAAGUAAGAUUUUGUGUAAGCAGUCACCACUUCAGCAUGUAGAAGACCAUGGGGUGCCAAAAUGAUACCAAUCAAAAGUUCUUCACAGGAGCUUUAAAGAGCUUAAAAAGGAUUUCAACAUUUUAAUAACUAACUCUUUAUUUUGAAACGUCAGUCUUUCUUUCUUUAUUACCUGAUAAUGAACCUGAUCAGUAAAUGUUAUCGUCUGUUGCUCAGCUAAUUUUAGAAUUGUUGACGUUUGAUUUACAUUUAUAGCAGAUCACAGAAAACUUAACUUACUCCCUGCCCUCUGCCUUUUACUUCUCUGUAGUUAGUCUUUAAUGUAUUUUUUAAAAACCUAUCCACGCUCUUUCAUUUUAGCCGACAGUUGACUAAAUUGCCUUUAAUGUAAUGUGUCUCUAUUGACGUGAGGAAACUGUUUUGAUGCAUGUCAUCAAAAGAAACUCCUGACAGUAAAUCCACUCGACGUUGAGAUUUACUCGACUCCGAGCAUCAUUAUGAAUCAAACCACAUCAUCAUUCCCAGCAUGUCAGAAAUUAUCUCACAUUAUUGAAUCAGUCACUCUAGCUGGAGGACAAAUGUGAACGUUGGCUCCUUCUUCUUCUUCUUCUUGCUGUGACUAACAUGCUGAUGUUUCUCUACCUGCAGAACGCCCAGCGGCUGGCAGCUGGAGCUCAGGUGGCUCAAACCCUCACCACACCAGUGGUCUCCGUGGCAACGCCAAGUCUCCUGGCACAGGGGCUGCCCUUCUCUGCAAUGCCCACAGCGUACAACACAGGUGAAACUGAUGACAAACGGCUUUUAGUGGAGGGAGAAAGCAACGCACGACUUUUAGAUAUGCUUUAUCUGGAUGAUUCAAUAAACUCACAAACUAAUGAAGGGUAUUUUCCAGACCUUAUCCUUUUGUAGAGUGUCUAGAUGUAGGAUCUGCCAUGAAUAAUUGCUGUUAGAAUAAAGUUGGAUUGUUAAACAUUGGAAAGAAAAAGUGGACUUAAAGUUGUGACUUUUCGCUUCUCAGAGUACCACCUGACCAGCGCGGACAUCACUGCUUUACACGCUCUGGCAUCACCUGGCGGCUUGUUGCCAACCAGUGUGUCCACAUGGCAACAGCAACAGGCUGUUUCCCAGCAACCGCAGCAGCAGCAGCAACAACAGCAGCAGCAAGCACAGCAGCAGCAACAGCAACAACAACAACAACAGCAACAACAACUUAAUCUUGCGUCACUCAGCAAUUUGGUGUAAGUCGUACUUUCAUUUUCACCACAGCGCUGCGUCACUCCUCUCUCUGAUGAUCUCCAUCAUUCACAUCAGGUGCCGAGGGCAAUGAUGGUGUCGGCUGACAUAUUCCUACUAAACAGGCCGGUUUCCGCAGAUAACUCUUCUUAUUACUGACAUAUUGCCAAUCAGCCUGCAUGUUAUCCAUACCAUGAGUUUAUAUCUAAUCAAUUCACCCUUAUCUUAGUGAAUUGGUCUCUCACAGCAUCUCACCAUCUCAGCCUCUUCAUAUCAUCAACCUGAAUAUUCAGUAUAUCUGCUGUAUCUGCACUUCAGCGGUAAUUUUACUUAAUAAUGUCAAAGACCAUAAAGUGAUUAUCUUUGAUUAAUGACUCUUUAGCAGGAAGGAGUGCGUAAUAACAGCUUAGAAAGCAUCAGUAGAUAUGUGAAUGAACGUCUUAAAGAACAAAGGAGGGCUUAUAAAAAGUUUUACAAGUUUUUCUUUAUACAAACUUGAAAAAGUGCGUCAGUCUUCCUUCAUUUUUUUUAAUCUACCGUAUUUUUCGGGCGACAAGGCACACUGGAUUAUACAGCGAACUGUGAAUUAACGUGUCUAUGUUCGCACCUAAGGCGCACCGGAUGUAAGGCGCAUUAAGCAUUGAUUGGUUUAUUGUUGCUAACACGUACUCUGGGCCCGAGCUGCCUUACAUGAAUGCACUUUUAGUUUAGACAUUACAGUCAGGCAGUCUUGUAGACUGCUCAGGGGUCCAGUUACGGGACCAAUCAGGUAGUGACACAGAAUAUUGUAAUGCUUGGAAUAUCCAUUGAGCAGAGCGGCUUCAUUGUUUACGAAAGUCGUACAUAAAUGUCGUGUAUGUGUACAUGCGUAUGUGAUUUUUAAUGCAUUGUCAGUAAGCAAAAGUAAUCGUACAUAAGGUCCACUGCCAAUUUUUGAUGAAAUUUAAGGAUUUUAAGUGCGCCUUGUAGCCUGGAAAAUACGGUAUAUGUUAAACUUUGAAGACUAUUUUUGAUUUUAAAAAGGUUUUUUGGAAAAUAUGUCAGAAAUUAAUGUUGGAUUUCUGUGAAAACAAGUAAUGUAAACCAUCUGUAAGUAAAAAAGUAGAUCAGCUUAUUAAGACUCCCACUCUUAAAGAGAUUUUCUGGCAGCUGAUUGUACAAUUACACUUUUUAUGACAGCCGCUCACAUAAUAACUGAUUCAUGUCUGCAAUCAUCGAGGCGUUGAUAGUACAUUAACAAGUUUUUCUGAUGUUUUAGGACCCUCAUUUUCGUGAUUUGUGUCUUACUCUUACUGUCACAGUUCACCACAAACAGCUUUGUGAACCCUUCAGGGAUGCUGAAAAUGAGAGAAAGCCACAAAGUCAGAAUUAAAACAAAAUUUGACACACUAAUGAUUAAUCCAUUUCAGGAAAAUUUCAUGUAAUGUGGAUGUUGAAAAUGAAAAUCACUGGAGUCAAGCAGAAUAUGAAUUCAGGAAACUUGUGAAUAUAAUUUGCAGAAAUGUUCAUUCUUUCAUCCUCCUUUUCUCUGAGUAAAUACCCUGUGAAGUUUCUGUAUCUGGUUAGAGGACAGUAGGAGGGCGACGGGAGCUGCAUGGGCUCCAUCCUGCGGAGCUGCAGAGUUUGCUGGUCUUUUGGUAGCGUGGACACACAGAUCUUUGAAGUGUGCUCUCUCCUCUCGUCCACAGCAUGUGGGGCGUGGACAAACAGAGCAGCGAGCUGUCUAGCCAGGUGUCCAGUCUGGCUGCCAAUCUGAGGUGAACAGCCACUGCUAGUGUGUGCGUGUGUGAUAUGUCAUGACCUUGUCUGUAGGGGGGAUUUGUAGUCCACUUUGCAUUUGAGUGUACAACAAAACUUCAUGGGAUAUAUGUCACCUUAAGACAGACACAUCUAUUUGACUGUUUGAUGAAACUUAAAAGACGGUUAUAUAUUUUUUUAGUUAUUAUUUAGUUCAGUGGUUCUCAAGUCCAGUCCUCAAGCCCCCCCUGUCCUGCAUGUUUUGGAUGUUUCCCUGCUCCAACACACCUGAUUCAAAUGAGCAGCUCGUUAUUAAGUCAUUCCUUGAUAACGAGCUGAUCAUUUGAAUCAGGUGUGCUGGAGCAGGGAAACAUCCAAAACAUGCAGGACAGUGGAGCUUUAGGACUGGACUUGAGAACCACUGAUUUAGUUGAUGUAAUAAUUUAACCAGGUUAAAGAAAGAUACUGUAGCACGGCCCCAUGCCUUCUUCUGCUUUUGACUUUUUUUUUUUUUUUUUUUUUUUGUAAGUCCUUGAUUUACAUACAUGUGUGGAGUAACAGAUGUUUUUUUGCCUUCUACUCUUAGAUUUACUCUCACUUUCGUCCUGUGAUCUUAAAGAAGCCUGAAAUCUUCACAAAAAGCUUUUAUUUCACCUUUUUUACAUCAGUGGAAAAAAAAUUUUUAAUUCAAAUUUUCAAACUUUUUUUCUUCACCUGUUACACAAAAGAAUAUUUGAAGAAACAAAAAAUUAUUGGACAGUUAAUUCAGUUUCAGAAAUUGCUCCAUCUGUUUUUGUUCCUCACAGUUUUCUUAUUGUAGAUUUCUGUUGAUAAAAUUUCUUAAUUCAACCAUGAUGAACUUUUUCAAAAGCAUAAAAUGCAAGGAUGACCUCUGCACAAGUUGCACCUGCAUGUAUUUUUUUUUUUACCCUAAGGGCCACCGUACACACUCUGUAAGGCAAAAGUUUAAAGAGCCCGGCUGUUCCUCUUAAAAACGGUCCAAACACUGUCUGUAGAUUUUCAUGUGUGCUGGAACAAGUGGAGGCGCGUUGGUGCCGUUGGUGUGUUUUUGAUGCUGAGACAUGAUGAACAUUAUUGCUGUUGUUCCAGAGACUCUGCUCGCAAUAAUGUUUCACACUUUUCUCCACACAUGCCUUCUAAUCCACCUCUUCCCUUUGGUUUGGGCUCCAACAUUUGUUUUCUCCCCACAGUGUUGGCUCGCCGUCCAACCUGCUCUUGGGUAGAGAUGAGUGGUUGGGCCGGUACUGUAUCACACUUCCUGUUUCCUGUGUGUCUGUUCGCUUUUGGCUGACCCCCCCCCCCCCCUCCUCCCCAAAGCAUGUCUGCUGCUGUCUGCAGUCAAACAGGAAAGAGAUGUAGAUCUGGUUUCCACCAUGCUCUCUAACCCCAGAUUAUUUUCUGUUCACACAUCACAUCAUAGCUGCUUCACUGCGAGCCACCCUGUCACAUGAAUCAUUUCAUGCUUCCUGGGCUGUUCUGUUGAUCUUUUUUGGGAGCAGGGGGGGGGUAAAACUUCUGCUUUGAAGGCUCAGACUUGAGUUCUCGAACAAUGGAGUGUGGCUUUUCCCUGUCGGUGCUGUGCCUUGUAAUGUGAGGUUUUUGUCUUGACACGAGUGACCUUCCAGCUUCUCAUGCGCCUUUGUCGAGUCGUUAAUCAUCUGUCUGUAUGUUUCUCGCCUCUCCUCUUCACUCUGUCCCUCAUUGUCUUCCUCUCUCUGUCCUCUGUGACCCCGUUCUCAGGCCGGUGACUCACAUACCUCAAGGCGCCAUGCUGACCGUCAACACAAACUCCAGCGUGAGCAUCAAGUCAGAGCCUGUCUCUCCUGGCCGCGAUCGCAGCACCCCCUGCCCUCCUCCAUCUUCCUCCACGCCGUCCUCUACAUCAGCCGGAGCCAUCCUGACCGCGCCGCCGCAGUACCCGGGCUCCCUGCUGUGCCUGGAGCCCCCGACCGGCCGCUCGCCCGCGGACAGCGUGAGCAGCAACGCCAGCUCCUUCGAAGGCAGCGAUCGCGAUGACGCAGCUGGAGGCGGGGGCAGCAACACAGGAGGAGGUGGAGGAGGAGGGGGAGGCGGAGCGGGGGGCAUCAACCCUUCGAGCCGCACCAUACCACCUGACUUCAGCCCCUCAGCCGAGCUCCUCAGGGCGGCGAACGAGCCGGAGCAGGAGGGAGGAAACAUCAAGCGCAUGAGACUGGACGCCUGGGUCACAUAG